ACCUUCACCUGGGAAUCGGCGUCGCAGCCCUGUGCUUCGCAUGUUGCAACCUCGCCCGUAACAUAACUCAACCUCUACUCUUGUACAAGACCGAACCCGCAAUGGCUCGCGACAAGUUUGCUCGCCAGAGCCUGGGCGGCGCGCUCCACCAGCGCAUUAAAGAGUCGCGCGUCCUGAUGGUCGGAGCUGGGGGCAUCGGCUGCGAGCUCCUCAAGAACUUGGUCCUCACCGGCUUUGGCGAGAUCCACAUCGUCGACCUUGACACCAUCGACCUCAGCAACCUCAACCGCCAAUUCCUGUUCCGCACUGAGCACAUCAAGAAGUCAAAGGCAUUGGUUGCGAAAGAGUCGGCUUCCAAGUUCAACCCCAACAUUGACAUCAUCGCAUACCACGACAACAUCAAGGACACUCAAUUCAAUGUCGCGUGGUUUAAGACCUUCCGUCUCGUCUUCAACGCGCUCGACAAUGUGGAUGCGCGCCGCCAUGUCAACAAAAUGUGUCUGGCAGCCGGCGUGCCAUUGAUCGAGAGUGGCACCACAGGCUUCAACGGCCAGGUCCAGGUCAUCAAGCGGGGCGAAACUGAAUGCUACGACUGCACGCCUAAAGAUGCACCCAAGUCCUUCCCCGUCUGUACCAUCCGAAGCACCCCGUCACAACCUAUCCACUGCAUCGUCUGGGCAAAGUCGUACUUGUUCGCUGAGAUUUUUGGCACGUCCGAAGACGAAGCCCCCGAGCUGGAUCACAGCGAAGAUGCCGAUAACGCGGAUGAGGUCGCAAACCUGCACAAGGAGGCACAAGCGUUGAAGCGUAUACGCGACUCCAUGGGCUCCCAAGAUUUUCCACGGCUGAUCUUUGAUAAAGUUUUCAAGGAGGAUAUUGAGCGAUUGCGGAGCAUGGAAGACAUGUGGAAGACUAGGAAAGCACCCGAGGUUCUAGAUUACGAAACGCUCAUACAAGAGUCGGCGGAGGUGGGUGAAUUCGCCGUGCAACAAGAUCAAAUUGUUUGGACUGUUGCCGAGAAUUUUGCUGUCUUCAUUGAUAGUAUAAAGCGACUGAGCAACCGGCUGGAUGAGAUGCGCGCAAAUAAUGAGAUUGGAAACUCGACGCCCGUUCUCAGCUUCGACAAGGACGACGUAGACACGCUCGACUUUGUUGUCGCAAGUGCCAACCUCCGGUCACACAUCUUUGGCAUCGAGAUGCGGUCCAAGUUUGAUAUCAAACAAAUGGCCGGUAACAUCAUCCCCGCAAUCGCAACCACCAACGCCAUGACCGCCAGUCUCUGCGUUCUCCAAGCCUGCAAGGUCUUCCGCGAGCAGCUUGACAAGGCAAAAAUGGUAUUUCUAACCCGCGGCACAGAGCGUGUCAUUUCCAGCGAGCCACUCCGACCACCUAACCCCCACUGCGCGACAUGCAGCGUAUGCUAUGCUACGCUCGCUGUUGACACAAAGCGUGCGAAGUUGAGCGACUUGGUCGACUACAUUCUGAAGGAGAAUCUUGGAUAUGCUGAAGAUUUUAGCGUCAAGCGCGAUGCCGAUAUACUUUAUGACGUGGAUGAGGACAUUCAUCUUGAUAAGACAUUUGAGGAGCUGGGGCUCAAAAAUGACACUUUCAUCACCGUCUCCGACGAUGCAGAAGAAAACACCAAGGUUGACGUGGUCUUUUCCAUUACUCAUCAAGAGUUCACUGAGAACGCAAAGCCUCUGAGGCUACCCGAUGAACUCAAGAUUGCGACAAAGCCCAAGGCACCCGCUCUAGAGACGAAUGGGCAUGCUACUAUCAACGGCACCGUUCCAGCCAGCAAUGACGCUACAGAUGAAGGCGCGAAUGGUGCUACGAAGCGAACAGCCACCGAGGCCGGUCUGAAUGAUGAGCUCAUACGCAAGAAGGGCAAAGUCAUGGAAGAGCCUCUGAAGCAGGAUGGUGAUCAUAUCGUCAUUCAAGAAGAUCACAUCAACGGUGCUAUUGUCAUUGAAGAUGACUGAAUAAGCUACUCGCUAAAACGCCUGGUCAACUCUUGCAAGUUGGCACGUCAUCUUCUAGGAUUGCCCCAGGACCCUUAUCCCCUUCACCCUUGCCGGAACCUUGGCCUUGUCUAAUCUUUUCCGGUUUCCACAUUGUAUCACAUGCAUUACCAGCAUGUUUUGCUUGCUGGUCAAGGGCAGCACCGCCCUUAAAUCUCCAAUAGAUUUGCAUGGCAGUCGCAACACCUGCGAGGCACACAUAGAUUUCCUACUCUGUACUAUAGCAAGUCUACCAUCUAGUCAGUCUUUGAGCAAAAGGCGUUUUCAAAGGCAGCAUGGACACGAACAUACCUUUUUGCUUUCUGCUUCUUUUCAGGCCCUGUUCGGUGGCGAGCGAGUAGGUCAACCUUAUAAGUGGGGGA